GCAUGCGCACGCGCACUCAUUGAUCAAACGGCCGACACGUUACAACAAGGAAGAUUAAUAUUAUUACGCUUUAUUUUUUCUAAAUUUUGCCUAAAGUAAGGAAAUGUCUCCUAAAUUUAUGCGACAAUUGUUCAGUCGAAUGUAUUUAUGUGGUCUUAUUUGUUAUUAAUAUAUGAAAGUUAACUUUGAAAAGUUAAGUUGAGAUUUGCACGUAAAGUUCAAUGUUCAGGACGAUCGAAAACGCAGGAAUUUCUAUCUUUGAUUUUUUAUCAACAAUGAAAGAUCUUAAUGUUAAUCAUGCUUUAUAGCUAUUUAUUCUACUUAUUGCACUUUUAAGAAGAAGCAUGUAGAUUAAAUACAUGAGUUUACUGGUGUUUUAGUACUGUAUUCUUUAAAAUUGACUUUCUAGAUAGUCCUAAUUUCUAAUUACGAAUUUCAGGGCUAAUGAACUAUAACUAAUGAUAAUAUGUAUGUUUAUCAUCCCAUGAGUCAUUUGCGUGUUUAUUAUAGUUGCAGUGAAUUAGGGUUUAGGUUAGGUUGAGGGAUCGAUUUAGGGUUCAGGUUAGGCAUAGGGAUUGAUUUAGGGUUCAGGUUAGGCAUAGAGGUAUGUAUAGUAUAGGUUUAGUUGACAGAAUUAACUGGUUGUGUCAACCAAGAUGGCGGAAACCCUGGGGAGAUUUCUCAACAUUUACCAAUUUCAGUUAUUACCACACACCCGACAGUCUACCAUCACUGAGUGGAGUGAGUUGAUUGAGGGUAAUCUUUCUCUUCAGCGUCUGGUUAUGAAAAAAUCUUGGGUAAAUGUGAAGAGAUAGCACCGCGUUUUUUUACUUUGGUUGCCGCGACCCACGAACUUAUGUCCUAAGCCUAAAUGUAUCCCUAAACCUAACCUAGAUACUUGGGUAAACCAAGGGAGACUACUACUUUUUGUGUAUCAGAAAUGGCAAUCAGCGCCGAAAAAUCUGAGUUUGAUGUGUGUGUCUAUUUAUUAUUAAAUGAGUACUUUCGAAAUAUAUUUGAGUUCCGUUUCCGGCCUUAUAUUUUGAUAGACAUCUUGGCAUACAUUUACAUUGAUUUGUUUGAAUUUUUCAAUCGACCUGUAUUUUGAAAUUCCCCUUAAAAUACAAAGCUUCUUGCACUAAAAAAUUCAUAUAGAAUUUCAACUUUUAUGUCUUUCAUAAAAAGUCUUAUUCUGUAUUAUCUAUCAAUGUAUUUUUGUGUCAAUUCUCAUUGAGUUAGGACAUGUCGGUCACUUGUUAUGCUCACUUGAGUAAACCCCUGUAUGGUAAUGUAGCUCAGCCCAAUUUCGAUAAGGAAGUGGCCACACCCCCUUUCAGUGGCAGAAGACGCCAUUACUUAAGAAAUAUUUAAUUAUUUCCACUAUUUACAUCAAAAUAUUUGAUGUUUUAGAAUAAAUUUAAAUGUUAUUGAAAGAAUAUUUUAAUUUGAGGUUAAAAAACCCGGCAGAGUCCAUAUUAAUAAAGGCAGUGUCUCGCGCCGGACGUCUAUCUCCCGCACUAUGUGUCUGGCGACCAAGUCACAUGACCGCCGUAACAAAGUGGCGAGAGAUAUCUUGUCGGUCAGCCUUUUCACGUGACUGCGAAUAAUUCAAAACUAUUGUUAAUUUUAAAAUCUGUUUCUCUACCAAGUAAUGUACUGAGUAUCUUGAAUGCAAAUAAUAGAAAACAUUUUUGUUUAGUUUGUUAUUUGAUGGUAUAGAUCCUCAAACCUUCCUAUCGUCAAGCAACCUCUCUACCACAAGACCAGACAAGAUGUAAUAAACCGUACUUCGUUUGGAAUUAUAAAAACUACUAGCCGCCCGGCCAUGUCCGGCGGUCACGUGACAAGCCGCCGGACGUAUAUCUUGCUAGACACUUCGAUUAAUAAAUGAUCAAAAUUUGCCAUGUGCAAAAUGUCAUGGCGGCCAUUCAGUGACUUGCAUGAUGGCUAUUAUUUACUACUUUCUGAGAGGUUUGAUUCAUAAAAGUUUGCCGUUUGUAAAAACUAUUAAACUAGCUCAGGGAAAGCUUUAAUUAGUUAGUCUUGUACCAAAGUUGAAAGUUCAAUAGUUCCCAAACAGUAUUUUAGUAAUUAGGGCAUGAGUUGCCUUAUAUAGACUAUAUAGCAAAUAUCUGUGUAAUGGACGUCGUAGAUUUGGUAAACAGAAAAGCCAUAUAUUAAUACAUUAUAUUAAAUUUACUGAUAUAAAUAGUGCAUAGUUAGAAAAGCUACAAUUUAUCUAUAAUUGUUAACAUUAUUUAACUUACUUUUUUAAUACAGCAUUAGUUCUGAAAAUAAAUUAUCAUUAAAACAAGAGUUAUAUAGCUCGUGAAGCGAACAGCGGAAUUGGGUCACAGAAUGUGGAGGUGUCCAUGUUAAAAAAGGAUAAAUUAAGUUGUACUUUAAAAAUUCAUAACUUUAAAACAGCUAAAUAUAUGAUUUUGGUGUUAUAAUUCUUUUAAAAAUAAGCUCUAUUCAACUAUGCCAUUGGUUUUUUUGUUUUUUUUUUAAGUUUUAAUUUUAUCAUGAAAGUACCUACCUAACCUGAACCCUAAAACAGGGUGUUAUCUCUUCACAUUAGCCAAAUCUUGUUGUUCCAGUUUGAAGUGCCAUUUAAACUGUUUUUCUGUUAUUGAUUUACGUCGUUAGUAGUAAUUGUACAGUGGAGAUGGAAAGGGCCAUUGGUUUUCAGUGACAUAGACAUAGAGAGAGUGAGUACUGUUUCUUGAUUUAAGUGCCAGAUCGACGUGGGAUCAGGUUACAGGAGUGCAGAGAGGUGUAUUAGGGCGUCCCAGAAAUGCUUGGAAAAAUUAUUUUUUUUAAUCUUUGGUGUCUCACCCCCUGAAAUGUGUCUCUUGGGUACAAUGAGUGAAUUGGUGAAGUUGUAGCUCAUUUGAACAACAUUUAGAGGUCCCCCAAGAGCUUUUAAAAUUCCAGUAUUAGGCCAACAUAAAAAUCCAGACGAAUCGUGGCUCAAAUAAUUUGCAGUUUUUGCAUGCCAUAUAUGAAUUAAAUGAAGUUUAAAUAUACUUAUAUUUACCUCAGUGCUACCAUUAACUAGAGUUGAAAUUGUGUGAUUCUUAAUUAGAAAAUGUAAUAAAUGCGAGAAAACAUAUAAAAUACCUAAUGUGCAAAACUUGUGCAUAUUUUUUGAAGAUUUGAUUGUUUAAAACUAAGCAUGCUAAAUUGUCAGGCUAGAAACAAUUAUGAAAUUAUUCAUAGCAUUAGAAAAUCUACAAUGAUACUUGCAUCAGCAUUCACCGAAGCUGGUGUUCCGACAUCUGACACAGUAUUUUCCAAGAGCACAAUGCAUCGUCAUCGCAAGCUUCGUCGUCAACAAGCUGCAGCACGUAUAAAAGAAGACUAUAUUCCCUCAAAAUCAAUUGUUCAUUGGGAUGGUAAGCUAUUGCCCGAUGUUACCGGAGAGGUUACCAACAACGUCGAUCGAUUACCUGUCCUGCUCUCAUCACUUGUCGAUGGCACUACAAAGCUUCUUGGUGUUCCCAAGUUAGCAUCCGGGUCAGGACGGGCAGCUGCUGAUGCAGUAUAUGAACAUAUCAAAUCGUGGAAGUGCGAAUCUAUGGUCAUCGGCAUGUGCUUCGACACUACGGCUUCCAAUACUGGAAGACUCAAUGGAGCUUGCACUCUGUUAGAAGUAGCCCUGGGACGUAAUCUAUUAUGGAUGGCAUGCCGUCAUCACAUGUUGGAAGUACUCCUUUCCGAUGCAUUCAAUGUUUGUCUUGGACCAUCCACUGGACCAGAGAUUUUGUUUUUUAAGAGGUUUCGAGAAAAAUGGCCAGAAUUAAACCACACAACCGAAGCCAGAUCCGCCCCUUUGAUAAUCGUGUCUGAUUCGAUUAAAGAAUUUAUCAAAUGUCAACUUGAGGUCAGUCAUUCACGUGAUGAUUAUUUGGAAUUUCUUCUGCUUGCUGCACAAAUGGUUGGGUUGGAGGUUGAUGUCAGCAUUCGCAGACCUGGUGCCCUACAUAGGGCAAGGUGGAUGGCGAAAGCAAUCUAUGCAUUGAACAUCGAACUAUUGUUUGCAGGCAACGAAACCAUAUUUCGGUUAACAGCUCGAGAAUUACAAGGUAUUCAGCGCUUUAAUCGGUUUACCAUAUGUGUUUAUCUUCAAUCAUGGUUUUCAUGCAGGCUCAUCGCAGAUGCACCUGUGAAUGAUAUCUUGUUGAUACAGCGUUUAUACGAAUAUGAUGAUGCUGUUCUUCGAUCGAUUGGAUUGAAAAUGAUGGUGCGUCACUCGUGGUACUUGAGUCCGGAACUGUCGACGCUUGUGUUAUUUUCAACCCUUUUGUCGGAUAAAAAAAAAUGGCCUUGUUCGGAGAAUGCAAUCAGAACGUGGACCGCAUCCCAUAAAAACACUACCAAAAAGUGUUGUUGAUUUGCGUGCUUCUACCACAUUUUUUGAAACAUCCAACAUUGAUGCCAGUUUUCUAGAUGUUCCUGUUGAAGCAUGGUCAGAUACACCAUCUUUUAAAGUUGCAGCAGAUUUUGUAAAGAAUCUGGCUUGUAUCAAUGACUCUGCAGAGCGAGGUGUAGCAUUGAUACAAAAUUUCAAUGACAGUAUCACCAAGGACGAAGAACAAAAACAAUUUUUGCUCCAAGUGGUUGACAAACAUCGGAAAAAUUUUGCAGAGUGUAAUCGUGAACAGCUGGCUAAAAUUUAAAUUUGAAGAACUUUUUUAAAUUUUUGUCUACCCUACAGUACAAAGUACAAGAUAAAUAUUAGGAAUGCUUAAUUGCAUUGCUUAUUAUUAUUAUUUUUCAAGCAGAUUGACAUUCUUUCAAGAAUUAACUUGACAAAAUGAAUAAAACUUUGUUUUUCAUAAUUUUUUACUUAAAUUUCAAAUUUAAAAAUAUAAACCAUUCAAGAUUUAUUUAUUAUUAUUUUUCAAGCAGAUUGACAUUCUUUCAAGAAUUAACUUGACAAAAUGAAUAAAACUUUGUUUUUCAUAAUUUUUUACUUAAAUUUCAAAUUUAAAAAUAUAAACCAUUCAAGAUUUAUACAUUUUGUUUCAUUUAAUAUUAUAAACAAUACUAAGCAUCAAUUUGUUACUUAAUAUAUCAGUUUCGCAUAUAAUGCAAAAUUAACGUUGUAUUAGAUUUGAACGCGAAUGAUUUUACACCAAAAUCUGGAACUUUAAACCUCUUGGGGGACCUCUAAACAUUGUCCAAAUGAGCUGAAAUUUUGCAUUUUAACUACUGUUACCAUACAGACAUAUUCUGUGGGGUGAGACAUCAACAUUUCAAAACUUCAUUUUUUGGGACGCCCUAAGGUGUAUCCUUCCAGGCUCACUUAUUUUAUCAGAUGGAUGGACAGAUAUGCAAACAUAAACCUAUUCAGACACAUAAUAUACUAACAUGCUCUGUUUAAAAAAAAUUUUGUCAUUCCAAAUGAUGCUAGUGUCCACAAGCAGACUGUUGAAAAUUUAUGGAUUGCGCACAAACUGAACAAACGGAUUUGCACAAGCCGUGAUCUUUUCCCUUCAUAUUCGCAUGAGUUAUGUCCUGCAAUUGUUUUUGUGGCAAUGAUCAAAACUCACUCUGUUUUCUUUUCAUACAUUAAAUUGUUUCAUAAAUGUGGAGUUAACAGCAUGGGUUUUGGAAAGAGUUGUCACAUCCUUAACACAGUGAUGUCAUUUUGGGGAUCCCAAAACUGGACUUAGGGUGGAUGAACCAACAGUUGGACAUGAAUGAUAAGAAUAAAAACUUUCCAGUACUUGGGGCAUUAUUGGUGUCAAAAACAUAAACUGACACUCGUUCAGUUAAUAUGAAAUAAAUUAAUAUGAAUUUUUCCAUUUGGUUCUUAUAUUAAAAUUCACCUUACAAUGUUCAGUAGAAAUAAAUAGAAAAACUCAUGUUUGCUGUUACCUUAAGAUGAUGACGCAAGCAUGGCUAGAAGCGCUAUUUUGUUAUUGGUUGAAAACAAAGGACGCAUAUGCUAUUCAUUUUUAUAAUAUCGCAAUUUAACAGGAUAUUUCAAAAUAAAAAAAUAAGAAACAAAAUAAUUUGAGAAAUUUUCCCUCCCCACACUUUCAAGGUAAAAGUUAAAAGAAAAAAAAUGUAUCAAAUAAAUCCAGAACUAAAUUUUGAAAUCUUUUAAAAAACGGAACCUUGGCCCGUAGUUGACACGGGGAACUUCCAUGAUCUAAAUUCCAUAGAAGACAUCGCUGGCCUUGCACCUAACUGCAUUUUAGACAAUUCUUUAAAUUUGUCUAUUUCUAUGUUAUCUUUUAUAUCAUACAUGUGCUGAAAUGAAUUAAUGAAUAUGUACAAUGUCAUUAAAAAAACAUUUCCAUUUAUUUGGAUGAAUAAAAGAAUUUUAGCUUAUCGGGAAAUCAAAAAACGUGUAAAUAGCACUGCAAACUAGAACAACAUGAUUUUUUCAUAACCCACGCUCAUGUGGUAGAUUACUGAGUUGAGUCCGAAGAAUAAUUGCAGCUUCCAAGGGCUCAAUUUAAAGGGUCUGCAGCAAGUGUGUACAUUUAUUAAUUUGAAGUGACUGGAUAGCGCAUAAAUAAUUGCGGAUUUAAUUGCGGCUUCUCUGAACUCAAUUUAUAUAGGUCUAAUUAAAAAUUUUUUCUUUUUUUUUUUUUUUUUUGCAUCAACAAAUGAAAAGUUCAAUCAACAAUGUGGAUUAUUUUAUUGCAUCACUAAAACAUUUAACCAAAAUUUCUUUCAUCAGAAUAGUGAAUAUGAACAGGCAUCGACAAGGUGGUCGAGAUCGUCGACCAAACUAUGGAGGUAUUUGAAAUAGCCAAUUUAUAGCACACAUUUAGUUAUGAAACCUUUUUUUUUUUAAAGUUUUUUGUCAGCAAAAUUUAAAAUAUGUACAUUUUAUCUUUUCAAAAGUACCCCACUUCCAAUUUUAUUUUCUAAUUAGGUGGAGAUGGACUUUUGGGAGAAGGACCUGGCUUUGGUGGUAGCAUGUUUGAACCAAUGGUCAACACUCAAAUGAAUCAGCUUAUGCUUGCACAGCAACUUCUACAACAACAGGCUGCUCUCGGAGGCACUGGAAAUUUCGGGGGAGGUGGAAAUGACUUAGGAGCCAUAGGGGCAUUGGCUGGUGCUAUGGGAAAUAUGCAGUUUCUACAGCAUCAGCAAGGAAUGGGAUAUGGUGGUGGAAUUGGUAGCAGUGGCAUGAGGAAUGACAGGAAACGGUUAGGAGGGCAAGGCAGAGAAAUGGACCUUAAAAGGAGAAGGCGUGAUUCUUCAGGGGUGAGUAUUAAAAAUUUAAAAGCAAAAUGCACAAAUGUUCAUUUUUCAGAUUUCAUAUUAGAUCCUAAAACCAACAAUUUGGUUGGUUUUUUUUUUUGGCUCUCUGAUGGCUUAUACAGGGCAUAUCAGUUAUUUUUAUUUUCAUAUGAUGUAAGUAAAUUUAUAUUUUUUUAAAAUCAUUGGUUAGUAAGUAACAAUAAGUAAGACAUUUUAAUUUAUUUUGCAGGUAUCAAAACUGGUAAAAUAUUAUGAUAUGCAAAAUAGCUAAUAUUUUUUUCUCCUCAGAUUGUUCAAUUCUAAAAUUAUUUAAUUUAUCAAUGUCAUUUGAUCUACAAUAUUGGCAACAAAAAAAAAUUUAAUAUAAAUAUUACUCAGAUACAAAUAUUAGUGUAAAUAACAACUAAAGUACGUACUAUAAGAGCUUCUUAUUGAAACAAUACUGAACUUUUAUUUCAACUUUUUACAGAACAUGUUAAAAAAAUGUGUAUAUUUUUUUUCUCAUCUGCCUAUAUUAAAGUGUAUCGCCCAUUUGCAUAAAACUUUGUUUGUUUUGAGCUGCUUUUUUUUUUUUUAAAUUUAUGUUAAAUAUGGUUUUAAAAAAAUUAACUCAUUUUUGUAAACCAUUGUAACCAAGGUUAGCUAGUCUCAUUAUUACAGCGGGUUUUUUGCGUUUGUUACUAGCAGCUUUAUUUUCUACAAAAAGAAUAUUUUUACACCUUAAAAGAAAAUGAUUGUAAUAAUAAGUGUAAUUAAAGAUAUCUUCAUUCCACCUUGGAGGUUGAAAUCCUAUUUAAAGGAAACAAAAAGUUGUGUUUUUUUCUAUUAGUACUCUUUUUUUUGACCUCUUUAUAAGUUUCUGCACUCAUCUAGGUUGAAUCAUUUCCUGAUUAAGUCAGUCUGGAGGCAGCAUCAUUUGCUAAUGACCUAAAGCUGUUUGUUACCAUUCCCCAUCAGAGGCUUUCAAAAGCUAUUUAUAUUCAAAAUCAAUUUUAUGAUCAAAUUGAUGUCAUUCCAACAUGAUUACUUCACAGCUUUCAUCGAGCUCUUAAACAGGAAUGUUUAUCUCACCAGUGUGAUUUCAAAACUCAUCUUUGACUCUAAUAAAGUUAAUUUCGGAGGUCAUAGAAUGGCUUAUUCAUUUCUGAGUUUCAAGAUUAUGAUAUGUUUGUAUGCUGUCCUUUUUUUUCACCUUAUGCCACCUUUCCCUUCAUUCGCCACCACUAUUUUUUUUCUCUCCACUUCUCCUUACGAUCUCCAGAGAGGUGGUGAUCGGGAUAGGUCUCGAGGCCGCGACAGCAACAGAAGCGGUGGUGAGGGUCGAGAUAGAAAUCAUUCUAGUCGUUGGGAUUCAGGUAAACCAUUUUCUCUCUGCGGAAGUGCUGUUGCAAUUUCUUCAUUGCCAGCAUCAUCAGCUAAUGGUUCGUCAUAUGCUGCCCUAUCUAAUCUAUUCCUCUGCUUUUACAAUUUUCUUAUUCUCGUUCUGUAUUAUGCUUGAAUAAGCAAAUCCAUUAAAGGAGGGUUUGUUUUUUUUUAUUUAAAAAGUCUCUUAUAGCCAUUCAAAAUCCUGCACUAUGAAAAUGACUUUGAAAUCUUUUUUUCCACUCAUAAGCAAAAUUCCAUGAUGAAAAGUUGGAUAUUUCUACUGCAGCUAUCAUAAUUCACUCAUUUUUUGCUGUCAUUUUGAAAUUUUUCAUAAAUAUUUGCCAACAUUUGAGUUUCAGAAAUAUUUUCAUCUAAAAAAAAAAACCUUCUACAAAGAAUCCCAAGUCACUGAUUUUUUUGGAUUUUUUUUUUUUUUUUUUUUUUUUUUUUUUUUUUUUUUUUUUUUGUCUUCUGUUUUUUAAUGGAUUUUAUUUCAUUUUGAACUGAGAUCAAGCACUGAUAUUUUGCUCAGUUAUGCCUAGUGACGUUGAAAUGUCUAUAAUAAAUACAGCUAUGAAUGUAGAAAAAAACUUUAUGCCAAUACAUACUUACUAUUGUAUAAAUAAGGAACAUGACAAACUGCUUUUACAUGCUGUUGGCAAGUAUUUAAGAUUUGUUGCUCAACUUAUCUUCUAGGCUUAAAAUUUAAAACAAAAAAAGUUUUAUAUUUUGUGAGAGUUAAGUAUUUUUUUCUUUACAGUUGUUCCACAUAGAGAUAUUUUCUUGACUUCAUGUAAAUAAAUAUAAAUUAUAAUGAAGCAGAAAUAUAAUUUGCGACUAAAUUUGAAACAUUCUUUUUCUGCUGCAACCUUUAUAAUCUCCACUAGGGUAAAAUAUAACUAAAAGUCUUAAUUUGAACAGACAAAGAGCUGUAAAACAAUGUAACACAUACUUUAUUCAGUGAAGAUUUCAUAUUUUUUUUAAAAUACACCUUAGAAUUUUAAUCUUCUUUCUAGAUAGAGAUAGGGGCCGUAAGGUUGAAGACUAUGACCCAGCUGAACCAACAGAAGAUGAGGUUAGUAAAUUUUAAACAGAGCAGAUUAGUGGCUGAAUUAGUGAAUAGAUUAUAACUUAUCCAUCAUGACCAAGUGUUUUUAAAAUAGCACACUUUUCUCAAGUCUGUUUCCACAUUUCAUCACAGGAACUUAAAGAUAAAGACAGCAAUCUGUACUGCCAUGUAUGCAAUGUGUCCGUUUAUGAUGAUGAGAGUUUCAGAAGACAUUUAAAUGGAACUAAACAUAAUCAACGCAUGAAUAGCGUGCUAACCGUACAUCAGAUGAAGAGCAAUCAGCUCAAUAUACGCCUUAAGGCGGAGGAACAUUUGCGCAAAAUUGAGGGCAAAGGGAAGAGCAAGAGAGACGGGUAAGAAGAAUAAUCAAAUUAUUUUUCUCCUCCCCCGAAACGAACUUUUCUUUUAGAAUAAAAAUUUUUAGUACAGGUAUAUACAUAUAAUCCAAUAUAAAGACAAAGCAUGACAAUUAUUAUUUUUUUAUUGCUUUAAUGGCGUUAAAAAUGCUUAAAAAACAUGUAAAAUCCAUUGACACUAAACUGUUGCAAUAUCAUUAUGAAACUUUCCAUGUCUUUUAAGAAUAAUUUUGUUAAAACAUUUGACACAAGUUUAUUGCAAAAAAGAAAAGCUACAAUAGACAUUUAUCCGGGAUCCCAGAACAUAUAACCAAAAAUAUAAGCCUUAGGUGGUAACAAAAAUGUUAUUUUAAUUAACCUGGUGAAUUUCACAUGAAUUUUGUUAUAAUUUAAUUUUCACAUGUCUCUCUUACCCUACUACUUCAAAAUAUAUUUUUCUGAACUGUCAAAGUACUUUUAAUGAAAAAGGUACAAGGUAAAUAGUAAAAUAUUCAUUAGAUAUUACUCUGAUAAAAUUCAUGAUAGUCUCAUUUCAUUUUUUUUUAUUCCGCAAACCAUCUUAAUUUUAGCAAAUUUACAAAACUACUUAUUUAUUGCAUUGAUGAUUUUAUAUUUCUUCAGAUAUGAUCCAAACUAUUUUUGUAAAAUUUGCAACAACAGUUUAACCAUCCCUUGGGAGAGACACAGGUUUUCCAACAUUCACAAGGUUAGAAUUGAUGACCACUAGCGCAACCUACAAUUUUCUUAAACAUUUCUUAACAAAAGCCUGGUAUCAUAUGUCCAAGUUUAUGACAUUUGAAAUUAAAAUUAUCUUUCAAUUAUUUUUUUUACCUCUAGGGAUUUUUUGAAUUGGCUUGUGAAAGCUUUAAACUUCUUUACAAUUUGUCUUAAUUCCAUUUUCAGCAAAGACAACUUCAGGUAAAGAGAGGUUGUGGUUGGUGUAAUGUUCAUGACUUUAAUAACUUCACAGAAGUGUUGGAGCAUCGUGAAACAGAGGAACACAAGAAGGUAUGAGUGUAUUCAUUAUUUGAAUUGGCUUCAAACUGUUAGUAAAAUUAUUGUCAGUUUUCAGAUUUUGAUUAAUAGAGAAAAUGAGUAUAUAAACGUUUUUAUUUUCAAGUAUUUGAAAAAAUUGCCAUUCUUAAUUUAGAAUGCUGAGCAAUAUGGCAAGAGAAAAGAUGAAAAGGAGCAUGUCAGAUCAAGAAGCAGAAGCAGAGAGAGAAGAACUGAGGUAUUAAGAAAAAUAGAACGUAAUUUUAUUUUGGGCUUUAAAGUUGUGUAGGAGUGGCAUGUUUUCAAGAUAUGUGUCAUACUAUAAAUUGCUGAAACUAAAAAUAUUUGCCUAAAUCUUUCAGCUUAAAUUUUUUUGUGCAGGUACAUUAUUUAACCAUGCCAUUCAGCAAUUAUAAUUAAAACAUAAAGUAUCUUAACUUCCUGAUAUGUCCAAGGGUCACUAAUUUUCACUUCUUUUUUUUUUUUUAAAUACAUUUUUUAAAGUGUUUUUUUUUUUGUUUUUUUAGAAGUACAGAAAGAGGAGCACAUCUCGUGACCGGUCUAGGAGAGACAAAGAGAGAAAGCAGAAAGAAAGGGAGAAGGUGAGAUUAGAAUGCUUUUUAUAUUAUUAUAUUUGAGAUGAAAAAAUUGCUCUAUAUAUAUUGCAAACACACACUGUUAGCACUGUCAAGUAAACAGUAAUGAGAAUUGAUUCAAAUGAUCCAUUUUGAUCACAUUGGUUCUAUGGGUCUUCAAUGAUUCCUUUGAGCCUCAGUUGCCAAUCAUUGAACUGAUUGUUGUUACACUUUGACUUUGUCCUCCUAUAAGAUGAAGAUGAAAUCAAAUAUUUCCUUUUAUGUGGUGGUGUAACUAUUGGCUGAAAUAUACAAAGAACAACUGUGGAGAGUGGAGAUUUUUUAUCAUGGUCCAGGGCUGAAAGCCACAAGCCCAAAUGGCUACUGCAUCUGGAAGAUGGUAUCAUUGCUAGGUGUGCUCUGUUCACGGAAAUAAAUGGUUUCCAAUACCACCAGCUCAAGAAAAUUAAUUAAAACUAUUAAUAAAAGAUAUUUAAAAAGAACAAUAAUGACAUAAACAUCUUAACUCAUUCCCGACGGUUGCAGCUAUAUGAAUCGUUAACGGCCCGAUUGAUGCAUCCCAGCGCAAAGCAACACACCUAAUUUUUAUUUUAAAAUGGCAAUGAAAUCUCAAUACCUCAGGCAAUGACAUGAUUCUGUGUUAUUUGAAUUUAAAAACCGGGAGUUUUUAUAUUAUUUCACGUUCAAUUUGUAUGAGCUUUAGUAAAGUGCGUCUCUAUCUAGCAUGUGUUUGUCCAAGGUGCCAAAAUCGAUUUUUUGGUCAUUAGUAAUUUUUUCACUAUUAAUAUACUAUUUUUUAUUUUACUUUAUUCAUUUCUGUAUGCAUUUAUCCUUAAUAUAAUUCAUUAGUGUUACUAAUAUUUAGCAGCUUAAAAAUAUUGUACAAAUGUAAAUCAAUUGUAAAAUGUAGUUUCUUCCCUUUCUCUGGAAUAUAAAUAAAGUAGGGGGGGCGUUAUUUCUCCAUGAUUUGUUCUUGGAUUAAUUAAUAAAAUUGAUUGGGAGAGCAACAAAAUAUUACUGAAUACCUACCACACAUAAGGAUGUUUUUAAUUUGUCACAAGCCUCAAAAUUACACUGUUAGCUUGAAGGACCUUAAAUUUAAACAAUUUUAAUAGGAAUAACCGUUAACCUCAUUAAAAAAGAAUUUAUUAAAUCAUUGUGCCUGUGUAUUUGGAAACUAAGGGAAAAAGUAUAAGGAAACUUUUUUUAUGUUAUGAAACCCUUUGUUUAUUGUAUAAGGCAUCACAACAUGAUUUCAAAAUAAUUUUUGGAAAUUUCAUGACAAUCCAUGAGAUCCUGCUUACAGACCAAUUAUGGGAAAGGAAAGCCUCCAUGGCGAGAGCAAUAACAACAGAGCACGUCUAAUACACUUCGCUAUGGGAAAAGCAAUGACCAUCAGCAGCACAAUAUUCCAACACAAAUAAAUAAAGACUGCGACAAGGAUAUCACCAGAAUGCUUACGAACCGAGAGAUGUAUCAAUUGUACCAAGACCAACCCAUAGUAUCAACAAAUAUAAAAGACAGACUGUGCUGGACAGGAUAACCCAAGAGGAUGCCCUUUUUUAGAGCAGCAAAAGUCAUCUAGAGGCAGAAACUUAGGGGCAGACGGCUCACUGAUCCACCAAGACUGAGAUAGAAGGAUGAUGUAGAGGGUCUGACAUGAGCUGAUAGUCUGCACAUGGAACCAGAGAGCUAGGAGUGUCUAAAUAUAUUUAAAUCCUUAAAGCUAACAGCCUCAUUUUUCUAAUGAAAGUGGUGAUGGUCAUAUUGUUGCUUUGUGUUUUCAUAAUAAACUUAUUAGACAUGGCAACAGUAUUAUUAGUGUUGUGGCCCUAGUGACCAUUUUAGUCCAUCCGGUGUUAUCCAUAUAGUACGUACACACUAGAUUUUUCAUGCCUGGGGUGGAGAGGGUCUCUGCAGAAAGUAUGUACGUUAUUAAAAAAUUCUACAAUAUUCAUCCUGACAGUCCAUAAAUUGCAUAUUUAUAUCUCGAAUGCAGUAAAAAAAAAUAUCACACAAUGUUUUGUAGGAAUUAUUGUCACAUUACCAUGUAUUUUCACAAACAAACUCUCUAGAUAUGCUCAAAUGGUACUCAAUAGUCAAGGUAUUACAGUAAUAUUUAGUCCACUGUACGUUCAAUGUGCAUGUGACAUAUAUUUUUUUGGGCUUCAUCAGUGCUUCUUAAAUUUUCAUUUCUCAUCACCUAUGCCUAAUUCAGGUUUUUACCGGGCUCCCUGUGUGAAAUUCUAACAAGUACGCUUCAAAAUAGCGAAUAAAUAUAAUAAAAUAAAAGGGUUGGGUAAAUAAAUGUAACAUGUAGGUUACUAAGCGCAAUCUAGUAACUACAUUACUAGACUAUAUAGAAUAAAAGGAUCCAAUUGACAGACUGUUAUAGGUGAUAUGCACCUUUAUCUAAAUAUUGAUGUCUAUAGCAGAUACAAGUCUGCAAAACAAAGUGACAGCAGAUUGCAAUAUUAACAUCAGUCACCAACUUUUAGGAGUUACCUUCUUUUUUUUUUUUACGCUAUGUUUUAUUUUUAAAACAGUUAAUUUAUUAUAAGAAUAUUGUAAUUUUAUGAUGUAUUAUCAAAACUUGAUCACUCGAAAAUUAAUAUUUUCCACUUGUUUUUUAGUUAAGAAAGGAAGAAGAUGAGGAAGAUUUAACUAUCCCAGAAUACUCUGCAGAAAAUCCUGUUGGUAAGUUAAUUAUUGUUGUAAUAUAAAGUCAGUGUUCUGUGAUUUGAGAAGCAAUUGUUACUGAUGGUGUUAUUAUUUAUAAAUAUUUUUUAUUUUAAUUUUAUAUCCUUCCUUUCCUGCUAAAAUAUCAAGUAUCAUUUAUUUUUCUAAUAAAUGGAAUCAAACAUUUUUAAUCAUCUGAGAGAUACUAUUUCAAGAUACAAAAUUAAAUUGUUAAUUCGAUAAUUAAAUUUAUAAAAUUCAUUUCUGUUAUUAUAUAGCUUUGGCGAAAGUCAACAUUUAAAAAAUUAUAAAUGCUGACUAGCUCUUAAUAAUAAUUUAUUGAAUCUGUAAUUAUUUUUCCAUUUCUAUACAGGUUUGAACUACAUCAUUCCUGUUACUGGUUUCUUCUGUAAACUUUGCCACAAGUUUUACAACAAUGAAAAGUCAGCUAAAGGAGCUCACUGUCAGAGUGAAGCACAUUAUGACAAAUUUAAGGUAAGAGGACAUGAUGUAAAUUUCUCAAUGAAUCUCAUUUUUCUCCUUAGAAAUUAACACUUUUGCUUUAAAACUUAAUUUGAUGGUGUUAUAACUGCCUAAUGAUCAAUGUUUGAGAAAGGUUGCUGAUUUACUCUAGCCCCAGAGUUAUCAAAUUAAAAGUCAGGAAUAAAAAUUCUCUAGCUGAUCCAAAGUAGUUAUCUUCAAGGAAUUUUUAACUCUAAUACAGUUCAACUCUAAGAAUGCUUCAAGGUUAGCAUACCAAUAGAGUUGCACAAAUAACACAUUUAGCUUGUGUUCUACACAACUUGGUUUUAGUAUAUAAAAUUUGUUGAUUUUUCUAUUAAAAAAAUUUUGCAGCUUGCCACUCAAGCAAAAAUUGCUGACAGGGAGAAGAGGAAGGCAGAUGAAGCAGCAUCUGAGGCGGAACAAAAACCAAAGGUUGAAAAUGAAGAUGAUACUGAUUUGGAAACUAAAGAAGACACUAAAUCAGAUACAGAUUUGAAGAAAGAUGUGGAGGAUGAUGAUGAAGACUAUGAUGAUGACCUUCCACUAGAAGAUGAGGAUAAUGAUGGAGGUUUGGUUAAUGAUGAAGAUCUUGGUCUACUUUAUGAUGAUGAAGCAAGCAGUGAAAGUAAAAAUGUUACAGCAUCUAACUCUACUCUUAAUGACACUAAUGCAAACUCAAGCUUUGUGUACAUAUCUGGUGACAUGGCUGAAGCUCAUCUUGAACUGCAAAGGCAAGAGAAUGAGCAGCAGGCAAAAAAUGAUACAGUUGUCGCAGGUACGUUAUGAACACUUAUAACUACUUUAAAUAUGUUGGCUAUUAUUCUUUUGGUCAUUGUCCAUAAAUUUGCUGCUUAUAUCUUCAACUAACCUAGGUCUGCAAAAUUUAAAUUAAGAUCCUAUUAAAUCUAUCCACCUGGUAUAGAUUGAGAUAUGUUAUUGUUAAUAAUGUGGACAAUUUUUUUAAAAAAAACAAGAUACAACAACCAGUUGUAACUGGAUUAUAAUGAUCAAGCUACUUCUUAAAAUAAAUAUAUAAUUUUAAUUGUAAAGGUCAGUGAAUGUAUAAAGAAAACAAUUAACCUUAACUCUUUACAUUCCUUGAAUUUUGCAUGUUUUUCAUGAGUAUUCUAGUGUCCUUAAAAAAGAGUCAAUAACUUUUAAAAUCCUUGUCUAAAAUUCAUGAUAUAUUAUUGUGGAGAAAUGCAUGAGGUUUCUAAAAAUAUUUGUUUGCAAACACAUAGUGUCAACACUUAGAAGUUGUGGGGGAAAAAAAUGCAAUUUACAAUUUUUUUAAAAAUGAAAAUGUUUAUUAAAAAAAUUGGUGAUCACAUGCAAAGAAGGAAAAAAACAAACCACAUGAAAUUAUUUAAUAAAAUCUGUUUAUUUAGAAAGCAAAUUCAUUUUCUUAUAUUAUGUGCAUGAUUUAGAAAAAAUUUUUUGUGGUACUUGCCACCAGUGUCAAGUCUGGUUUUCUUGAUUCCACCAGCUUUACUUCUAAAAUAGUUGGUAGCCUUGCCGGCAAAGCUCGGAUGUUUGCUAUCAAAAUGGCGUUUUAGUUUGUUCGGCUUCACAGAUAGAUAGAUAGAUAUCAUAGGCUGAUAGAACUUCACAGCCAAUAAGACAUUGUGAUUGAAAACAAUGAAAACAUAGAUAUAUGCAUACGAGCAUACUUUUUAUUUUGCGUUUUUUAAAUUUUAUUUUAUCACUAUUAUCAGACAUUCAUCAUUCGUCAGAGACAAUUUUUAACAGAGACGUAACUUAGUAAGACAGCAUGCUGAGCUUACACUCACACAGGCACUGUAGUACUGAUUGCAGGCGAAACUUAAUCCUAAACCGAUAUUUAUUUUUGCUUUCAAUUUUCACUUCAAGCUUAUCGUGGAUAACAAUAGUAGCAUUUAUUGUCCGGUGUUAUUUCAGCAUCAGACAUUUGACCUAUAUUCUUUAUUUAUUUACGGUUUCCUUACUUGCCAUUGGUUAAUAAGCCUAUCACGUGAUACUUAGGGGAGUCACUUUGAUUUUUUCUUCUACAUUUUCACUGGACAUGUCUGAUUCUUUCAAAGUAUGCAUUAUUUAUAAUCCACGAUUACCCGUUGACGAGCUGAUCGGUGCAGUAGUUUUCACUGUCGGUUUAGGCUUUAUUAUGGGGUGAAUGAAUCAAAGGGGAUGAUAUGUCUGUUUUUUUAGCGUAACCAAAUCAAUUGGUUUCUAAGAACAUCUGCAUCGGAAAUGUGUGUUUUCCAAUGGUCUUAGGCAACCCCCGUGAAAGGGUCCCGCGACCCCCAGGUUGAGAACCGCUGACUUAGAAUGAUAUAUUCAUUUAUCAACUGGUCAACACCACACAGGUCACAGGAAUGAAUUGUAUGAUUUCAAAAUCUGAUUUGACAAUAUUUGGGUUUUCUCCCCAAUAAUUGCCUAGAAAGACACCAUCAGUUUUGGUUUUGUUCACAAAAGAAAAUCCAUUUGCUGUCAUACUAUUUGGAAUGAGUGAGGCUUUUCUCUCCACUGAACAUAGUAUACAUUUUUAUUAUCUCUUAUCCAUCCCAUCAUAUCACAUUGCUUUGGUUUUUAUCUUUAUUUACUUCUGUUAAUGUCUGACAAGUUCACUUUGCACAGUUUGUCCUCAUUGUCUGUUUCAAUAUUAUAAACUUUGAAGAAUGUCUCAUUUGAAUAAAUCUGUUUUUGGGAAUACGGCAUGAGCCCACAAUUCAUGGAAGUAGUGAAACGUUGUGGUUGAUGAGCAUUUUUGUACACUGAGGACUUGUACAGUUGACAUCCACAUUAGUAGUCCUAGAAAUGUGUAAAAGUGGUAUGUUGUUGAGAUAUCAACAAACCACAGUUGAUGGAAGGUUUAGAAGGUCCCAUUGUAGUUGAAUAGGUGUAUUUUACAAAUGUUUUAACCAAAUUCAGUGUGAAACAUAUCUUGAAAAUCCUUAGACUUUAGGGUGCAGAUUGUAGCCAUGUUAUGAUGACAUUUCUUCCCACACAUGUCAGCCUGGCUUUCUGGCUGGGGGAAACUUAGGAGUGGGAACCAGUGGGUCAUCAUCUGGAACCUCCUGCAAGCCUAGCCUGUGAAUGUAAAAGAAGAAAUAAUAUUAUAGACUUAUAUGAUGCAACUAUUAGGGAUGCAAUGAAUAUAAAAUAUAUACUUACUUAAAUUUCAAGUUUUUAAUACUUCAAAUACUGUCUAAAAACCGUUAUUAUCAACAAAAAAAUUAGUUUUAAAUAAUUAAUUUUUUAUAACACAUCGAUGUCAAAUUUCAUGGUCUCUAGGAUGAAAUAUAUCAUAAUAAUCAGUGCCGACUACAUUGUUUACAUUCCUUAGCAACAGUUUCUAAACAUAACGUCUUCUAAAAUUAUUUAUGUAAUAAAAUAUUCGCAAAUUAUACAAUGAUUUUAUUUGCGUAGAUUCAUUUUAAAAUGGGUAGUAAAUACUUCAAUUAUGAUUAAAAAUACAAUUUAAACCGAUAAAAUAAAAAUAAAAGUUUUUAUGUAAUAAAAUAUUCGCAAAUUAUACAAUGAUUUUAUUUGCGUAGAUUCAUUUUAAAAUGGGUAGUAAAUACUUCAAUUAUGAUUAAAAAUACAAUUUAAACCGAUAAAAUAAAAAUAAAAGUUAAAAAUCAAUUAAAAAAUAUAGAAUGACGAAACACUCGAUUACUAACCUUCUAGUUUUAGUGACUAUAAUGGGCUAUAAAGGCAGAUUCUCAUCAAAAUCUGAAUCAAAGUCACUAGAUUCAGGUUCCCAACUAUCUUUCCCAGAUGUUUCAGAUAAAAUUUGAUCAAUAUUGUCGUCAGUAGUAUUCAUUAUUUAAAAUUUUGGGCUGCCGAGUCGACUAGCGUCUUGCACAAAUUUUCCCAAAAUGGCGAGUACCGCUUCGGCAUGUCACGUGAACCUCGAACUCGCAAAAAAACAUCAAUUUUUAUUUAAAAACUUUAAAUAUUUUUUUAAUAUAUUUUUCUUCCCAAAUGUAUGAUAAAAUAGGUAUAGAACACUUGAAAAAUAAAAAAUACUAUAUUUUAUUAGCAAAAAAACCCAACGUAUAUAGUUGUACGCUCUCUAUAGAAGAGGAAUGAAAAGAGUUAAAUACAACUAUCGGCCUUGAUGCUGUAAAUGCUGAUAUGCUUAUAAUUAAACAAUUGCUUAAGACUAAGAACCAAAAUAGUAGUUCUUAACUCUAAAAGCAAUGGAACUUGCAGAACUCUCAACUUGUUUGUGGUUUGGACAUAAAAAACUUUGAACUGUGUAUAAUUCUUUGGGACCUAUUUGCACCCUAAAUUAUAGCAUAAAUAGUAGAUUGAAUAUAUAUAUAUAUAUAUAUAAGCUAAAACUGUCAUUAGUUCAUGACUGUCAUAAAAUUAAACUUUUUAAUACACAAAAAUCUUUUUAUUUUUUUAAAUUUUUGUAUUGGUUUCCUUCCAGAUGCUGCUGUGAGUGAAUCCGAUGAGAGUAAAGAAUUGCCAGCAGUGCCUGCAGCUCCAGAUGCUAAGGACAAGUUAGAGAGUGAUGUAGACCUUUCAGGAGAAGUUGAUGAAAAAGAAGAGAACACAUCAGCAACUGAUUUAGAUAACACAUCAGCGGGUGAUUUAGAUAACACGUCAGCAGCUGAUUUAGAUAACACAUCAGCAGCUGAUUUAAAUGAUGAUGAGAUUGUUGCAGCAUCUACCCCUGCAGAAUCUGUUAAAACUGCUGCAAAAGCUAGAGGUGGAGGUACAGCCAGGAGAGGUAGGGGUCGUGGAAAAGCCAAGAAAUAAAUCAAUCAUGUUCUGAAAUUGGUAGCUGGGGGUUGCAGUAUUUAUUUAUAUAUGUGUUCUUUGAAAACGUGCUACCUUCCUGUGCUUUGGCUUCUAUUAUGAAAAAUUUAUUUUUCUUAAGACACAUUUACUACUUUUAACCUUUUUUUUUUAACUGGUUUAAAUAAAUUUAUUUUUAAAAAUCUGCAACCACAACUCACUCUUAGUCACCAUUUUGUUUCUUUUUAAAACAUGAAAUUGAACAAUUUAUUUCUUAUCUUCUCUAUUACUACUCCUUUAUUAUCUAAUUCUGUAAGCAAUCAACAGUAUUGUAUAACAUAAUCUAGUUUUAGUACCAGUACCUAGUGACAGGACUGAUUACAAUUUUAAGUUAUGUUAGUGCUUGUUUUUUAUACAAGCAAGCUACUGAAACACUUUAUUUGUUUGACAUAUUUUUAAAGUUUUAAUAUGUAUUUGCCAUUGUAAGUUAUAGCCAAUAUUUUUUAUUUAAAAAAUUGACACUAGCCAACAUAAAAUGUAAGGAUACAAAACUAUGUUAAGAUGCAAAAAGCAAAUGUUUGCUAAUUAACAGAGUUCUAUUUGCGUGUAUUGGCCAUGUUUAAUUGGUAAAUUAAGAUUUGAGUUGAAUUGUAGCAGAAAGCCAAAUAAGAAUAUUAUGUGCUGAUUUAUAGUGAAAUUUCAGUGAGUUUAUGGAAUUAUCUGCACAAUGAUGGUUAAUUAUCAUUGACAAACAUUCACUCCUCCAUUUUCUUAAUUAGGAAAAAAUAUUUUAUUUAAUUUUUUGAGAUCCCUUUUACUUAAACAUGAAAAGUAUUAUUUAAUUUUAAAAAUAUGUUGGUGUUCUGUUGCCCUCACUACCAAUUUGGAAUUUUAUCGUCCAUUUUUGAGAUUGCUGUUUUUACUGUUUUCUAUCAGUUUGCAAUGGCUAUUUUUCACAAUCCUGCUGAUUUAACUGAACUAAGAAUACAUUUGAAGGUUGGUAAUCAAAAAAAGAAUUGCUUGCUAUCAUUUUUUUUUUUAAUAAAGAUUUGAAAGUAUUGUGAAAUAUGUUUUUUACUGUUGUAUUUAAUAGUACUAGAAAAUAAUAAACAAUUAAUAUAAGUAAGGAAUAGGUUUGACAAGUAUGUUAACUUUAUAAGACCUCCAUGGAAACAUCAUGUUUCCUUCUGCUUUGAUAAUAUUUGGUGUUAAGUGUUAUUUUAAGUUAACAUAGUUAAAUACAAGAUAAAUUUGGUGAAAUUUUUUGAAAAAAUAAGGUAAAAGUAUUGGAGAAUCAUGCAAAUGAAAGUUAAUAUUGAUUUGAUUGAACAUGGAGGCAUUUGUUUUAAAAUUGUAUAGAAAUAAUAUAUGUUGGUUUCUGUUCAAAGUCUAAAAAUUACAAAUCUUCUCAUGGCGAUGUAUCUGUUGUAAGUUAAUAAAUGUUUGAAUUAUUACUAUCACCACAGCUGUCAAGCAUUGUUUUAGAAGAAAAUAGAACUAUUCAUUUAUACUUGGUCAUAUCUUUAUAUCUACAUUUUUUUAAAAUCUAUAGUGUUGUUUUUUUUUUUGUUUUAAUAUUGUAUAUAGUAUUUUUUCUUAAUGAGGGUUUAUGUAUUUUGAUUACAAAUUUUUUCUUAACCACUUAAUUACAAACUAUAUGUUUCAUGGAUGUCACUAGAAGAGCCAAGCAGUUGCAUGAAGAGAUGGCAUGUACUUUGUUGAAAAUAUUUAGACCCAGUUACAGUAGUGAAGUUACUUGCAUGUUAAAUUUUGUUAGCCUAAAAAAUUGGAAUCAGAUUCAGAAUUUAAAAGUAACAUACUUGAGACACAAUGAUACUAAUUACAGGGUUAGAGGAUCAUACUGUUCCUGGUCACUAUCUUUUAUACUUGAGAACCCAUCUCAUCUUUAGUUUAAACAAAUAUUUUUCACUACGAUAAAUAUGUUGACCAUAUUCUAACACUCAUGAAUAUAUACUAUAUCAAUAUAAAAAUUAUAUUAACAAAAAGUAAAAGAUAUUUUAUAACUAAGGUGAACAACACAUUGUUUCCUUUCUAACCCUUGUCUUAUUGAGUAGAAUAUCAAAACGAAACAUGAUGCUAAGAAGAAAAAUCCCUCUACUGAAAAAGGUUACUAAAAAUAUUGGUGGGAGUCAAUUUUAAAUAUGCUAUGGAGUAAUGUUUGGGGCUAGGUCCUAGCCAAGUGACACAUUUAUCCAAAAUGUUUCUAGAAUUGUGUAUGUUGUUGAAUCGAAUACUUUUUGUUACAUUUCAUUUGUUACAUUUUGUCUACUUUUGUGUUGCUUUGAAACCAAAUAAACAUUACAAAAUUU